UGUUGGUGAAUGGUGUUUCGGUGUAAAGCAUAUUAAUUUUUACUUAGUUUCUGAUUGAUACAUUAAAACUUGAUGUUAAACCUAAGAUUAUUUAUUUUAAUUAGUGCUUUUGGCAUUUCCAGAGCUAAAAUAUUUUUUCGUCCGGAUCACACUUUCGAUAAGAACUGCACUCUACCCAAUGGUGAGCAGGGCAUUUGCCGAAGCUUUAUGGAUUGUGGCACAGCCGUGGCCGAAGCGAGUGAGCGACCGAAAACAUGUUAUUUUGAAGGCAAUGAUCACUUUGUUUGCUGUCGUGUGCCACGACCCUCCGAUUUAGCCUGCACAGAAUAUAAAUUACCGCGCCCAGAAGUGAUCAAUGGCCUACCAACUGAACCAAGGGAAUUUCCAUAUAUGGUCGCUCUUGGUUGGAACACGUCAGAGACAAGUGUCUAUGACUACAAAUGUGGUGGUGCCUUAAUCGGCCCCGAUUGGGUUCUAACCGCCGCACAUUGCACUUCGUCUGGAGGCGAAGAGCCCGCUGUAGUGCUCGCGGGUGGUGUGAAUUUGACCAGUAAAAGAUUUCCACCAACGCCAAUCGAAAAAAUUAUUAUUCAUCCAAAUUAUGAACAUAAAAUAGUUUACGACGAUAUUGCGCUUAUCAAAUUGACAGGUGCGCCACACGAAGGUGAGCCAGCAUGCAUUGGCGAUAGAUUGCCUUUAAUUGGACGAAAUGCGACUGCUGUUGGAUAUGGUCACACUGUUUUUGGUGGCCUGCCUUCUGAGCAACUUUUGAAAGCUUAUCUACUCACUAUUGAGACCCCGCAAUGCCAAUUCCAUUACAACGAUGAGGAGGCGAUCCCCAAUGGUUUAAGGGAUACACAUUUGUGCGCAAAAGAUUUACAAUUUAAAAGAGACACUUGUCAAGGCGAUUCUGGCGGUCCAUUGAUCAUAAAGAAUGAUGGUUUAUAUAAACCUGAAUCCUAUGUAAUCGGAGUCACCUCAUUUGGUAAUGGUUGCGCGACCGACGCGCCGGGUGUUUAUACAAAUGUGGCAAAAUAUUUGGAUUGGAUUGAACCGAUUAUAUGGCCACAUUAUAUACCAAAGAAAAGUAAUUCCGUUCCAGCACAGAUGCCAGACCGCAUCAUAUUUCCCGAUACCGAUGACUUUGAAACCGAGUGUACGCUUGUGAAUGGCGAACAAGGCAUGUGUCGGAACAUUAAAUACUGUCCGAGCGCAUUCGAUUCCAGAGAACGUGUAAGAACCUGCUAUUUCGAAGGCUUCGAACAAUUUGUUUGCUGUCGAGAUGUGCCAAAGGCAUCGCCAGCAAGUAGAGCUUGCUCCAGUUAUUACCCAUCCGUCGAGCACAUGGUGGGCGGUCUCAGUACACGACCUAAUGAGUUUCCGUAUAUGGUAGCCUUGGGCUUUGAAACAAUGUUGCCAGAUUUUUAUGAAUUCAAAUGUGGAGGAGCUCUGAUCGCACCCGAUUUUGUAUUAACAGCAGCACAUUGCGCGCGUGUUGGAGGCGCCACACCUAUAGUGGUCUUGCCAGGCGGUGGUAGUCUGACGGAUUAUGCAGUAAAGAAACAUAAAAUCUCCGACGUUUUAAUACACCCUGGAUAUAAUUCAAAGGAUGCCUACAACGACAUUGCUCUGCUUAAAUUAAAAGAGCCCAUAAAACAAUUUCAACCAGCUUGCGUUGGCGAAAACACCUUAUUGGAUAAUGAGAAUAUCACAGCUAUAGGUUAUGGUCAUACACUAUUUGGUGGUCGAUCUUCUGAUGAUCUAUUGAAAGCUUAUCUACUCAUCGUGAGCAAUAAGGAGUGCCAAAAGCAUUAUGAAGAUGCCACUGAGUUGCCGAGAGGUCUAAUGAAUGCCCAGCUAUGCGCAGAAGACCGACAAUUUGGGCGUGACACUUGUCAGGGUGACUCUGGCGGACCACUGAUUUUCUACAGCGCCUUUGUGCCCUACGUUGUUGGCAUAACAUCCUUCGGAUUUGGUUGUGCCGCGGGAACGCCGGGAGUGUAUACGAGAGUAUCAAUGUUUCUCGAUUGGAUCGAGCCAAUAGUGUGGCCAAAAUCUUAAAAUAAAUAACGAAUUAAUUAAGAUAAAUUUAAAAAAAAAAUAUACAUAGUAAGAUACAUGUAAACAGGACUUUUUUUCAUAAAUA